AUGCCCGCACAGGUUGCACCUCUCAUAUAUCCACCUCCACAUCGAAAUGAAGGAGUUAACAAGACAAGUGUGCCUCAACGUCGUUCUGUGCAAGAACUAUCCAACUACUAUUUCAGCAGCAGUGUUGACAAAAUAAGCAAUCUGGAUGAACCAGCAUGCUUCAGGCAGCAGCAGCAACAACAAUCAUCAUUCGAUAACACUUCACUCUCAGAUGGGCAAAAUAAUGAAAAUGAAGGUAAAUCAGUAUCAUAUCAUUUAUCAUUAAGAUCCUCUCGAUGUUUCAACUGUUUAUUGAGUUUGAGAACUAUGCUCAUUGUCGGAGGUAUUCUAAUUGUAUUGAUCACCGCUAUCGCUAUUUGGACUACCUGCUUUGUGGUAAACAUAACUGCAUCCAAUGAACAAAUGCAAGUCAUGUUAAACAAUUUGAAGGACAAAGUGGGCAAAAUUCUCGAUCGAGAGUUAUUAGUCGCCAAAGUCGCCUCAAAUCUCAUUGUGGAGGACUAUUAUGACGGUAGAUUUGAAAUGAAUGACUCUUCACUCUCCUAUUUAUUCAACAAGAUGAAGAUCUUCUUAGUGACCGGAGUGACUUUCUGCUUUGGAGAACAAGGGCUCAACCUUUUGUAUGGCUACACCCAAAAUAGUGAUGGCUCCUUAUUGAUGGCUCGUAAAUAUCAAAACGAAAGUAAUCUGUAUGUAUAUGAAGCCAACAAUAAGACAGGUGUUCCCAAUUACAGCAAGCAAGUUCUUUCAAAGUCUUACCUUGUCAAUGAGACAGAUUACUAUGUGGAGUCCAUUAGUGUCCUUCGAACUCAAAAUCAUCCAGACCAGGGUGUCUUUGGAUCCAUUUAUCAAGUCCUCAAUGGUCCUCUCUCAUUGUAUUUCUCUACUCCAGUCUACAACAAGACACAACUAGAUCAUGAUUUACAACAAGAACGAAACUACUCAACACCAAUGUUGAUUGCACUCAAAGAAAAAGCCCGUAUUGGUAUUUGUAAAAUUAAUCUUGCUCUCGAUGAAUUAUCUCGCUUGAUUUCAUCGGUGACGGUAACCACCAAAGGCUUUAUCAUUCUUUCGGAGGUUGGAAACAACAAUUCUAUUGUUGCAAGUAGUGUAGAGCCUUUGAGAAGUGAGAAUGAGGCGAGCCCUAUGAGGCGUUUGUCCUUCUCGGAUUUGCCAGUAGCAGAUAUUCUGAAUAUAUUGUUGACUCUUCAACCCGAUGAGCAUUUGUUGGAUCCCAAACGAAAUGGAAUUGAUCAGUCAUCAGAGAUAUUCACUAUUUCCAAUUAUCUAGUUUAUUCGAGUUUAUAUACGUUUGAAAAUACCAUCAAGUGGCGUUUAACCAUGGCCGUUGAUUCCUAUGAAGUCAACCAGGGUGUGAUCAUGAGCGUUUAUAUUACAAUUGCUGUAACUGCAGUGAUCGUAACGAUUGGAAUGAUUGUGAGUGCUCUUGUAGGAUGGUUCCUUUCCGAUAUAUUCCUAACCCUUCAAAGUGAUUUCAAAAAGGUGGAGAUGCUUGACCUUCAAAACAUCAUGCCAAGAACGUCCUUAUUUACAGAGCCCAAUAAUAUUUACAAAAGUCUCACUGAAACUGUGGCUUGGCUCAAUGAGUUCAAAUCCUUUUUGCCAGAUUCAGUUCUCAAUCAUAUUGAAAGUGAAGGAGAACAUCCAUCACCUCCACCCUCUCAAACGCAUGGCGUACCAACGAUCAAGGUCGAUUCUCACCCACGCCGAUCCAAGGAUUUCAACGAGAAUGCAACCACGACAACCACUCAACUCGAUAAGAAGUUAGUGGAUCUUACAAAAUCCAUUCAGUCGAUUGACAGACAUUCAUUAACAUCAUCGACUCAUGACUCUCCCUUUACAAAUGCUACAGAGGGUCAUUCUCUCUUUAAGAUUGGGCUCGUUUCAAAGGAAUGUUAUCUAGUGUUUAUCGCAAUUCCAGACAUGAAUGAAAGUCGAUUCGACCACCCACAGUUGUUAAGCAAUGUUAUAUGCAAGGUUUUAAACACCAUCUCUACCCUAAGAAAAACAGCAAAAGCUGAUUUACAAAUUCGAAGCCACCAAGAAUAUCUCCUUGUUUUUAAUGGAGAAAAAGCUCAUGACAAGGCCUUAGAGUUAAGUUUGAAAUUCCAAGCAGCCAUUCGAGCAAUUAAUGACUCUUUUCGAGAUGCCUUUUUGGUCAGCAACAAUAAUAUCAACGUGAUGGCUCGAAAUUCCGUUACUGUUCAAAACAACAACAAAAAUGUUGCAGAUCGUGGUAAUCCAUCGAUGUGCAACUCAUCGACAGAUGACAGUGGUGGUAAUACAAAUUCAGACCUAAAAGCAUUUAUUAGUGUAACAAGCGGAGAAUGCUUGCAAGGUAAUGUCGGUGGAAAGACAUUAAGAUAUUUUGCCAUUGUUGGUGAGUUGGUUUCAAAAGCUCUAGAUAUGAUUACCAUAGGAAAGAGGUUGAAUAUUCCCAUUACUGUAGAUUCUAAAACGUUUUUACAAGCACGUUUGGCAUUUGUGAUGCGCCCUUGUGAGAGAAUAUUAUGCCGAAAAAAGCGAAAACAAUUUAUUAGUUUCAAACAUGGAUUUCAUGCGCAUUUAGAUGCAAAUGAAGAUGCCAAGAGUGUUCAUCAGUCACAAAUUGAAACGGUCUAUCAACUUAUAAGAAGAAAUGCGGUAAAAGAUGACGAAUGGCUUUAUGAGUUGGAUCAGAAAACAGAGAAUGAAAAACACAAUAGUUUCACACAACAGUUCCAUGAUAUUUUUCUUGGGAAUUCCAAAAAGGGAGAUGAGAGCUAUGAGUCAUUUAUGGAGCUUCUCCAGAGUAUGAAGGAUUCUGAAGAUGGAAUGUUGUUAGCACAUCGAUUGGAGUACAUAUUAACACAUCCAUAUCAUAAGAAUUUAAAUACGGAUGAUGGUAGAGAAGACGAAACAAAUAUGGACAUGCAACCACCCCCAGCUGCAAAUGAUCCAGAUUUUUCUUUGUAUUAUACAACUAUUGAAAAAAGUGUUGCUAGUUUUUUAAAAGGCCAUCUCAUGACACUCAAGUGA